CGCCCCCGCCCCCGCCCCCCUUUUUCCCCGGUGCGCCUUUCCCCUCCUUCCCCCGUUUGGACCGGCCGUCGCCCCCCUCGCGCGCCCAUGUCCUAUCCUCAGGGUUACCUCUACCAGCCCCCGGGCUCGCUGGCGCUCUAUCCGUGUCCGGCUUACGGGGCUCCGCGGAGCGAAGACCUGGCGAGGUCGUCGGCGUUCAGCCCUUACCCCGGAUCGGCUGCUUUCUCCGCCUCGGCCGGCUCGGGCUUCUCCGGCCCGCUGUCGUACCCGGCGGACCCUGCCACGGGAUUCCCGUCAUACAUGCAGAGUUCUCCGUACGACGCACACGCCACGUUAAGUUACCACCCGUACGGGGGGCCCGGGUACCCGUACCAGCUCAACGACCCGGCUUACCGCAAGAACGCCACCCGGGACGCCACGGCCACCCUGAAGGCCUGGCUGCAGGAGCACCGGAAGAACCCUUACCCGACCAAAGGCGAGAAGAUCAUGCUGGCCAUCAUCACCAAGAUGACCCUGACGCAGGUGUCCACCUGGUUCGCCAACGCCAGGAGGAGGCUGAAGAAGGAGAACAAGAUGACGUGGGCGCCCCGCAAUAAGAGCGAGGACGAGGACGACGAGGACGGGGACGGCGAGAGGAAGGACGGCGUGAAGAACUUGGACAGCAGCGAGGCUUCGGCUGAGGAUGAAGGUAUUAGUUUGCACGCGGACGCGCUGACGGACCACUCGUGUUCCGCCGAGUCCGACGUGGAGAAGGCGGCGGCGUGUCGGCCGCAGCGGGAUUCGGCGUCCGACCGGGCCCGGCACAAAUGCGAAGACGACGCCGAGGAGGAGAAGCUGCACGCUUCUGGCUUCCAGCUCUCGCCCAAGUCGCUCAGCGGCUCGCCUCCGGUGGGAGUCGAAGCGCCGCUUUCCGCUCAUCCGCACCACCUCCAGCACCUCCAGCACCUCCAUCACCUCCAGCAUCUCCAGCACCUCCAGCGCGAGGAUUUCGCGAGGGGCCUCGGGACGAGCAACGCCGCGCACGCCGACAAGUCCUGCCCGGAAAGCAGAGCGCCCGCGGGGCUUUCUCACAACCCCAAACCCAAAUUGUGGUCACUGGCGGAGAUUGCUACCUCGGAGCCAAAGCGGCAAGUGGGCCGAGCGAGCUGCCCCCCGUCGUCCUCCUCCUGCUCCACAGGGGGCCUUCUGACCCCCCCGACCCCCUCCGCGACCUCCCCGUCUGCCACCUCGCCCUCUCUCUACCCGACCCCCUCCCUCAUCGGAAGACCGAUUUAUUACACCUCGCCCUUUUAUAGCAAUUACACAAACUACGGCAACUUCAGCCCGCUGCAGGGCCAAAGCAUCCUGCGCUACUCCAACUCGUCCGGGGUGAGUCUGGCAUCCUCCGCCGCCGCCGCCGCCGCCGCCGCCGCCGCCGCGGCCGCGGCCAACCAGGGUCUCGGCGCUCAUCAGGCUCCGGAGGCGCAACUCAGGCCGGACUCGCCCGUCCUGCUUCAAAUCAACUCAAACCAGACCGGCGGCGGCGCUGAGCAGCAUCAGAAACAACAUUUCAGAGCUGCAAAUAUGGAGGCAAAGAAGGGAACGUAGAAUUCAGAUUGUGGGCACAAGUCAGGCCUCUUCAGAUUCUAUUUUGUAUAAAAAAAACAAAAAAAAACAAACAAACAAACAAAAAAAACACUGGGUGGAGACGUAAUUAGCUCACUCUUUUCCAAAUGCAGACCAACUGUUUUUUUUUUGUUUUUUUUUUGUGUAGCUCACGUUGUUCUCACUGAUAAAAUCAACGUGAUUUUGCCUUUCAAGAUCUAAUAAUGAUCAAUCAAUUGAUUUGGGAGUAAAUUGAAGAAACACGCUGGAAGCAAAUGCACCUGUACGUCAAACCAUAUAUUUUUGCAGAACAACAACAACAACAACAAAAAAAAAACGUUUGGCACGGGUUGGAAAUGCAACAUGCGCCGGUUACGACCCCAAACAAGACGACAAAGCGAACCACGCCCACGCGUGCUCACGUGCAACAGGUGAGUCGGUCAAACUCGGGACAGGCUUCAUUUCUUCAUUUCUUCAUUUGGGUUGGUUGCAAUCAUCUUGGCUGAGCGACACGUGCAUAUAUGCAAUCGAAUUUACAAGAUUGGAUUUGGGGACUUGAAUAAGGACUCAACGCCGUUUUGUCAUUUUUGGGAGGAAGCGAUGAUUGGUUCGCAACCGGUUUUUAUGUUUAUUUCCAUCUUCUGCAGGUAGGUGUCACAAUUGCUUUCAGUUUCAAGGCAGAGUGGACACCAGCUUUGACUUUUUUAAAGACACCCCCCCCCCCCCCCCCCCCCCAGCCCCCCUCAAAGCUCGCCCUGCAGUGCCAGCAUAAAAGCCGAACUUCAAUCUCCUUGCUGUGCCCCACGCACGUUUAAAAAAUUAUUAUUGCUCUGGAUGUCACUUUAUUUUACACAUAACUUAUCAUUUAUGAAUCCUCCCAAUAUAUGUGAUUAUCACGUUAUUUCUCAGGUUCCUCUAUACUUUGCUAUUUCAGUAUACUGUGUUUAUGUGUGGCUUUUUGUCCAACAUUUUUUUGUUUGUUUGCUUGUUUUGUUUGUUUGUUUGUUUGUUUGCGGGGUAGGUCAUUAAUGGAAAGGACGAGCCAGAAGAGAACUUGUGAGGACUUCAAAGUGGAAUAGCCUACAUUUGAUAUUUAUUUUUUUAAAUGAUGGCGGAAUUAUGCCUAUAAUUUAUGCAAGUUGUAUUGCAAAAAAAAACAAAAAAAAAAACAGACACUGAAAACUGAAAUCUGACAUCUGUUUGUUCUGUAAAUAUAUAAAUAUAUAAAAGAACAGUUUUUAUUUGAACUUGGGAAAAGCAACACAAUCUUGCUCCUGAUCAUUUAUAUAUUUGAAUGUAAAUAGAAAUGAAAACGAGCGCUGGUGGAAUACUGUACUUGUGUGGUAUCAGCUAUUCAAGGUAGAAAGAAAAUACAAUAAACUGUUUUCCCAACUGUUA